GAGGUACUCAGUUAAAAAACAACAACAACAACAACAACAACGAGAACAACAACCAGGCGUCUCGGUGAAAUGUGACCGUUAUAUUCCGUUACUUUCGAUGUGGUUGGGGCUGCAGCCGAGUCGGUCGUUGCAGCUAGCAGCUCGGUGCGGCCGCGUUGAUGCAGCAGGCUGUGGGGUUCAAAUCCACCACCGGAUCUGGGAAGACAAUAGGUGAAAUAUACGCCGGCCCUGGACUCCCCAAGACUACACCGAAACGAGAGUCGUCUGCAUCCGCUUUGGCUUCACUAGUGUCCGCGUGAGGAAUCCGAGUUAAGAGAGUGAAGUGACAGCCGGCAGGUAGCUGUAUCAGGAUGGCGGCCGUAGUGAACUACUCUCCGCCUUGGUGGGUGAACCUGCUUCACCGGUUGCCCCAUUUCAACUUGGAGUUCCAGGUUGUGAGCAGUGACUUUAGACCGGAGGAUUCAGAGUACCAGAAGUCCAUUUUGCUGCUCGGCGCCGUGGCGUUGCUGUGUCUGGGCCUGGACCUCCUCUUCCUCCUGUUCUACUCAUUCUGGCUUUGCUGCCGGCGACGCAAGAGUGACGAUUCCUCGCACUCCCAUUCGCACUCCCAGCAGCCCAGUGCUGACUGCUGCUGCACCGCCUGGUGCGUCAUCAUCGCCACACUUGUCUGCAGUGCUGGCAUCGCUGUAGGAUUCUAUGGGAAUGGGGAGUCGAGUGAUGGAGCCAAUCGUUUGGCAUACUCCCUCCGUCAUGCCAACCGCACCGUAUCUGGGGUGGAGAAACUGGUGUCAGACAGCGCCUUAGCCUUAAACCAGACAGUGGAGGAGAGCUUGGUCCAGUUGGAGACAGCCUUCCAGGAGCAGACAGACUACGUGUCCAUCGUCCAAAAGCUGCAGGGACAACUGGACGAGUUGGUGAGGCUGAUGGUGGAUGUUCCCUUCUGGACCAAUACUGACAUUUCCCUGGAGGACUUGGCCCGCAAAACGGAGGCUUUCGACUUUUACAGGUGGUUGGGGUACCUUGGCCUGCUGCUGUUUGAUGUACUCAUUUGUCUUCUGGUGCUCUUCGGCCUCAUACGCAACUCUAGAGGCACUCUGAUUGGAGUGUGUCUGCUUGGGGUUCUGACUCUGAUAAUCAGCUGGGGGUCUCUCGGUCUGGAACUGGCUGUCGCUGCUUCAGCCAGCGAUUUCUGCGUUUCCCCGGAUACCUAUGUCACCAGGGUAACCAAGGAAAACGCUGUCAUCAACCAAGAUAUCCUGCAGUAUUACCUGACGUGCAGCUCUGGCCAAAUUAACCCCUUCCAGCAGAGGCUGUCAGGGAGUCACAAAGCAUUGGUGGAGAUGCAAGAUGAUGUGGCAGAGCUACUGAGAUCAGCAACACGUGAUUAUGCCAACACCAAGGGGAGUCUCGAGCAAAUCCAGUCUGUGCUGAAUUCCACCGAGGUUGGUCUUCACCAGCUGACUGCUCUGGUCGACUGCCGCAGCCUACACAUGGACUAUGUUCAGGCGUUGACUGGACUGUGUUAUGACGGGGUGGAGGGUCUCAUUUACCUGGUUCUCUUCUCCUUUGUCACUGCUCUGAUGUUCUCCUCCAUUGUGUGCAGUGUGCCACAUACCUGGCCUGGCAAGAGGACGGAUGAGGAAGACGGAGAGGACGAGUCGGGUGCCUCACGGGGCGGUGUGCACGAUAACCUGUACCGCGUUCACAUGCCCAGUCUCUACAGCUGUGGCUCCAGCUACGGUAGCGAAGCUAGCCUGCCCGCUACAGCCCACACUGUCAGCAAUGCCCCCGUCACUGAAUACAUGAGCCAGAACGCAAACUUUCAGAACCCUCGGUGUGAGAACACCCCCCUGAUUGGCAGGGAGUCCCCUCCACCCUCUUACACCUCCAGUAUGAGAGCAAAGUACCUGGCCACCAACCGACCGGACCAGAACCGACGCUCCGUUCCCAACGACCAACUGGACCCGGCUAGCCGGCCUAACCCCGCAGCCCGACCACAGUCCUCAGUGCACUAGAAACCAGUUCCGCACCUGUCCACCCCAGUACUGCCUGAAUCCAGUUCUCACAGCCAAUAACAAGAUCCAACGCGACGCUCACCAGAGCUUAAAAGCACCAACAGGACCACAGUUUGUCAAGGAACUACACCGACACCGACCGGUUCACCAGAAACAACACACCAAGCCAGGACUCAUCAACCAAGCACCUCAACAAAGGACUGCACUUUGAAGGUCAACCUCUACUUCUCACCCACAAUUACCAAAAAGGAAAAAUCCCAGAAGAUCAUAAGUUCUACUCCUCUGCUUAGAGGACACACACCCCGAGCUGCUCGUUUCCACCACUGCCGUGAUGGAUCAGCCCAUAUACCCACAAUGCACAGCAGUUAAAGCGCCUUGGCUCCGUCUCCAGUUUGUUCUUCCACUCUUCAAUGCUCUCCUCCUCCACUGGGAUCCACACAGUGCCCUCCAGUGGGAUCAGCUACGCCACUCUCACAAUCCAAUCCCGUCACACUCUGACACUCAGACCACACACACACACACAGCCAAGCCCACACACACAUGCAUACACACACUGUACAGAGCUGUAAAUAGUAAACAUGUGCUUUACUCUGAUUUCAUGAAAAGUAGACUGUUGAAUCAUAACUUGUAAAUGUGGUGUGCUGCGUGUUUAUCAUGGAAGUUUUUUGCUGUAUCUCUCAAACACACGCACACACACACACACACACACACACACACACACACAUACACAUACACACACACGCACACACACACACACACACACACACACACACACACACACAAAUCGGCGGACACAUCUGUAUAAAUAAUAAGCCAGUGAAUCAGAAAGCCAUGUUUAUAGGUAGAAACAGUACCAACACAUCCAUAUUCUCUUUAGCUUAACAUUGUCGUCUAACUAAGACUUGAAUCGUGAGCUUGAAAAGUGUGUCCAUGUCUCUCUCCAUAUUUGUUUACGUGCACAUACAGUACAGGCGUCGAUUGAUGCAUUUCGAAUAUGAGCCAGGAAUCCUGUUGGGGAAUAACUGUUUGGAAUUUUGGGGAAUUGGAGCGUGAGACGAGGGGCAUGAGAAGGCUCAACCUGUGCCAAAAAACUCUGAAUAAUGAGGGAUGCCUGAUUCUGUCCUCUUCUCCAACUGCCUCCAGAUGUGUCGGAAAAAGGGAAGAAAAACUCACUUGGAAUGUUUUCCCUCCGACUGUAAAUACUAUGGGAAUGGGAAAGACACUUGAAAAAAACGGUGGACAGAAAUGGAAUAAGACUGAGUGAAAAUUUGCGACCACACAUUUGCCAGGUGCUAUGUAAGCCAGUCGAGGUCACAGAAGACGAUCAGGACUUGAGGAGGGACGGACGUUUUUAAUUCCUUUAAUAUUUUGUUUUGUUUUCAUUCAGGGAUGUGAUCAGGAAUAUUAAAAGCAGUAAAAAAUAAAACAGCUUUCCAUCAUUACUGAGUGGAAGUUAGGUUCCCGAAAACCUGAAAAAAAAAAACAUGUCCCUGAUUAAUAAUGUUAUGUAAAAGUGUUUAAAUUCACAGAAAGUUGGUGUUUUUUAUGUUUUAUCAUAAGCUGAAAUUCUGGAUGUGAUACUGUGACCAACUGUAGUAUUUUUUUUUUUCUUCUUCUGUACUGUUUCUUUCUUCCUGUGCUUUCAUUUUCUUAACUGCUGACCUUGGAUCAACCUUUAGCCACGAGUCUUUUUUUUUUCUUUCUUUUUCUUUUUUUUUUUUUUUUACCCACAAGCACAAAUUCUCUUCAAGGUGACUUUGCGAGACGGAGAAGUAAAACACACUGCCUGGGACACUGCCAGUGGUUUUUCCUCCCACUCUAAAACUCUCUGUACAGUGUAUAAAAACUGUAUUCGUGAACCCGUGUGUGUGACAUCACUGCAGCGUGAUUGGCUAUUGCUCUAUCUCAGUGUUACUGUGUGUAAGUACAGUGAUCGGUGUGUCUGACUGGCAGCAAGCAAAGGCCAGCUUAUCUAGCCUGAGUCAUUUCUACACAGACGCCACGCAUGCCCUCAUAUACACACAUUGAAACCUGAAACACACACACACACACACACACACACACACACACACACACACACAAAUACAUGCUGUACAGACAUUCACUACACACGCCACAGUUUCUUAUAAAAAUCUAUCUUUCCCUACUUUUUUCCUGUUUACAUGCACUUCUAGAGCUGUAGUAACUACACACCCUGCCACAGCUUUGACAUCACACUGAAACCAUUUGCAUUAUGGGUGAUGUAGUAGGUAGAAACCUGGAAUCUAGUAAUUAGCUGAGUGAGCAGAGCCCUAACAUUCAAACACCCUCCAACCACCCUUCCUGUACAGCAUUUUAAUAUGUUAUUAUUAAUCAAUGACCACUUCUCGUAUUAGCGAGACAAUCUUACAUGUGUGAUUUUACUAGAAUGAAAAUGUCCAUGUUAUGGUAACAAUGCUACCUAUGGUCUAGUACUUUACAGUGUUUUUUGCACGAUCGAUGCAAACGAUGUUAAGAUCUGUGGGACUAGUCACUGAUUAAUGGCCUUUCAUAAUGUUUUUAAACUCUUACAACACUCUUCAUAUCACAACAUGUUUUUUUAUUUUUCUCUGUCUUGUAAAAAUCAGACUUUAAAGAUAAAAUAAUAGCUAGCUGUUUUGUAGGAGAAUAAAGGCAAGAGCAGCGUUUUUCCUCUCUUAUUAAUGGUGAAUGACUCUCUGUCUUGCAAUGUUUUAAUAAAACUAUUCCAGUGUAGUUUGCACACCUGACCUAAAGUUGUAUUUGAAUUCCUGUGCAGUGCUUUCUGCGAUUUGACCAAUCUAAUACGGUAUGUCUUGAUGGAAAAAGGUCCACGCUCAUGUUUAAGAGUCAGUAAUGUUUGCGUGUAUGUGUGGUAUUUACAGGACUUCAAAUACACCUCUGUCCAGAUGUGACGGACAAACAAUGUUUUCUAUGGCUGUUUUUAUUUUCUGAUGGUUUAACUAAGAUAUUAAUGAUGUACAUGUCAAAACUGUGGUAAUGAUAUCAUUCAGCCUGGAAUAAAUGUUUUAAAAAAAUAAAUUAAAGCAACUUUAACGUA